ACCCACUUUUCACUGGAUAACUGGAACUGCCUCGAUCACCAGUCUGUUUGUCUCAGGGGUUGACAGUCUGUUUAUAGUAAACUUAUUGCCACUCGAUUUUGAGACUAAUCGUGCAAUACACACGGGUGAACAUGUAGAAAUGGAUUUUAUGAAGCUGUUUGGCACCGUUAUCGCCGUUUUGUUCCACCCUGGAUCCGCGUCUAAAAUAAAUGGUCAAAGGAUCUGUCGGCGUGGGACAGAGCGCCCAUGCUACAAGGUGUCCUACAUCCAGGACAGCAGGCGGAGACUGACCUUUGAGGAUGCCAGGCAGGCCUGCAGGUCGGAUGGAGGCGAGUUGCUCAGCAUUGAAACAGAGAGCGAGCAGCGACUGAUGGAGAGGUUCAUACAGCAGCUGCAGGCUGAAGAUGGAGACUUCUGGAUCGGGCUCCGCCGCAGCCCACAGCGCUACACGGCAGCAGGGACCACGAGCCCAGGAUGCCCCUCCCAGUAUUAUUGGUUGGAUGGAAGCAAAGCCAAGUUCAGGAACUGGCACUGGGACGAGCCAUCCUGCGGUGCUGAAAUGUGUGUGGUUCUGUACUACCAGCCCAAUGCACCGCCUGACGAAGAAGGUCAUUUCCUGUUCCAGUGGAACGAUGACAACUGCAACUCCAAGAACAACUUUGUCUGCAAAUACCCAGAAGAAAGAGCACCAGUAUUCACUGAGGGAGGGAACACAGCACAUGCAGUUCCAUCUCUGAGGCCAAACAUAUUCUCAACUACAGAGAGGGAUGGGAGGAUAAAAAUAGGACUAUCUGAGUCAUCAGUAUCCCUCUCAGACAACACCCUGUAUGUUUCCUACAUCCUUUAUGCAACUAUUCCUGCUCUGCUGCUGCUGCUGUUUGCAGCUGCUGGGUUCUUCUGCUACAAGCAGUAUGCUAAGAGGAGGAAGACACAAACAGAAAGCUACCCCAGCAGCAGAUCAAAACAGUGGAUGACAACAACAGCUUCACCUUAUGCCAUACAAGGACCUUAUGCCUUUAGUGACAUUACCAAACUGCCUCACAUGACUCUGGACAGCAGCAUGCCGGCAGACAUCAUGACAAAGUACCCCAGUGCUCCUUUCCAGGACUCCCAGUGUGACGACUAUGAGAACGUGUCGUGUGCAUACAAGGAGAGUGGCUUUGUGACCAACGACAUCUAUGAGACCUGCAGAGGUCAGAGCCGGCAGGCUGGUUGGGUGGAAAAUGAGAUCUAUGGAUAACACGGUUGAUGCCUAUCUGGUCUCUGUGAGUGUCCAUUAACCUCAUACCAGCUGUCAAAUAUAACGCAGUUAGACUGAAGAAAACAAUGUUCUCCAUUCUUUUCUUCCUGCACACCCUACCAGUUACCUGUGUGGUGCAGGAUUACCCAAUACAUGUCAGCCCCGACUCAUGCGCCAGUAGCCUGCUAUCUCCUGUGUGUAUCUACAGUGUGGCAUCCUGAGCAUCCAGGAUCCAAAGCUGCAAGUCAGAUACAUGCUUAAAGCAGGGUUUCCCAAAGUUUUUUCAAAUGUGAGUCCAUAUUUCAGCCUAGAACUUCCUGAAAACCCACUAAUACUAUGGAUGGAAAUCGAAAAGAUUUAAUUGACACCAUGCCAUUAUUGAUUCUUCUCACCAAUUCGAUUAUUUUUCACAUGUCCCAUAUUGCUUUAUGUAAAUUUUCUGUGUGGAACAAAAUGUGUUGACUACACAGGUGUUCAG